AGUGACAACGCUAAACUUCGUUAAAUUAUUAAAUUAGUGAAUAAAAGUGGUUUAUGGAGCAGAAGUACCGGUGAUUUAUUGGUCACUGUCCUGGUUUAAUCCAGGAAGGAGCAUUCAUCCUAAACAGUUAAACUUUGAUCUUUUCAAAGUCACAGAGAAAACAGUCCCUCUUGUUAGCUGCGCGCUACCGUUAGCAUCGCUCGGCUAACUUAGCAAAACCUGGUUCAGACCAUGGGCUCGGCUCGAUGUCGGCUCACUGUUUACGCAGACUGGUUUCAUAACAGACGGUUACUUAAAAACGUUUAUAUCUGGUGCCACGGUAAAGCGAUUAGCGGGCUUCUGGGCUCCGCUAACGGUCCAGGGUCUACCGUGAACUAACUAUCUAGCACCGCUUUUAUCGGUUUAUUUUAUAUUGUGAGGAGCCAACGGGUGUCUGAGCGAGUCCACAACGGCCCGUGGCUUGAAUGACGAACCGGUCACAUACGGAAUGAACCGUACCGGGUAUCGGUUUACUGUGCACCUCCUGUCUGUCAUGCUGUUGAUGUAUCAGAACAUACCAGCUCAGUUGAGGCAGAGCUCCAGGGUUAGGAAGAUGAUGGCUGUGCUGCUUGCUGCUUAUGCUGUCAGGAAGCUGUCACCGCUUGUGUGGAGCAAGGUUCAGCGUGCAGCAGGUAAACGGCCUGAUGAUGGUCCCCUCCUUGAGGAGGCGGUCAGCUCUUAUUUAAAUGCUGUGGAAAACAAGGAUGGAAAGAAGAAGAGUGACCGCAGGUUUCCGUCAGUGAACAGGGAGUUUGCUCUCAGAUUGUCUCAGCUGUUGAAGCUAUUGUUUCCACGGUUCUGGUGUCCAGAGAUUGGGUUGCUGGCUCUCCAUUCGCUCACUCUGAUGUCCAGGACCUUCCUGUCUGUCUACGUUGCUGCUCUGGAUGGUCUGAUAGUGAAGUGUAUCGUCCAGAAGGAUCCUCAAGCCUUCAUGCUGCAGCUUUCUAAGUGGCUGCUUGUUGCAGUUCCUGCCACUUUCAUUAAUAGUGCCAUCCGAUUUCUGGAAGGUCAAUUGAGCCUGAGCUUUAGGAGCCGACUGGUCAACCAUGCCUACAAGCUGUACUUCACCAACCACACUUAUUACCGCGUCAGUAAUAUGGACGGGCGUCUCUCCAAUCCUGAUCAGUCUCUCACUGAGGACAUCGUCAUGUUUUCAGCUUCCAUUGCACAUCUUUACUCCAACUUGACUAAACCAAUACUGGACGUAGUCAUCACAUGUUACACUCUCAUCCGCACGGCACAGUCUAAAGGAGCGAACACAACCUGGCCUUCAGUCAUUGCUGGCCUUGUGGUGGCCUUCACUGUUAAAGUCCUGAGGUCCUGCUCACCUCGCUUUGGGAAGCUAGUGGCUGAGGAAGCAAAGAGGAAAGGAGACCUGAGAUACAUGCACUCAAGAAUCAUUGCCAACUCUGAGGAGAUCGCUUUUUAUGCAGGACACAGGGUGGAGAUGGCUCAGCUGCAGAGAAGCUAUGUGGCUCUGACCUCUCAGAUCCAUCAAAUACUGCUGAAGCGUCUGUGGUACGUCAUGUUGGAGCAGUUUUUAAUGAAGUAUGUGUGGAGCGCCUCAGGUCUGGUGAUGGUCGCUGUUUCUAUCAUUACUGCCACUGGAUACUCAGUGCAUGACCCUGAGGAGGUAAAGCAGGCGGCCCUAGUUAUGAAGGAGGAGGAGUUGGUGAGUGAGAGGACUCAAGGCUUCGCUACAGCCAGAAACCUCCUGAAUGCUGCAGCUGAUGCUGUGGAGAGGAUCAUGAGCUCAUACAAGGAGGUGACAGAGUUAGCUGGCUACACAGCUCGGGUCUCUGAGAUGUUAGAUGUGUUCAGGGAUGUGAAUCAGGGAAUUUACCGUCGCUCUGCAGAUAGAAACCAGGAGUUAAUAGCUGCAGGAGGUGAAAACUUGGUGGUCCAGCAUGGUCAGAGGGUCUGUGGUCAUCAUGUUGGAAUCAGAGGUCAGGUGAUCAGUGUAGAAAGUGGGAUUCGCUGUGAAGAUGUGCCAAUCAUCACACCAACUGGAGACGUGGUGGUGUCCAGCCUUAACAUCCAGGUGGACGAGGGCAUGAAUGUUUUGAUCACUGGUCCAAAUGGUUGUGGGAAGAGUUCGCUGUUCCGGAUCCUCAGUGGACUUUGGCCAGUGUAUGGAGGAGUCCUGUACCGUCCAGAACCACAGCACAUGUUCUACAUACCACAGAGGCCCUACAUGUCAAAGGGCAACCUCAGAGACCAGGUGAUCUAUCCAGACUCUGUGGAGGACAUGAUUCAGAGGGGGAUCAGCGAUUCAGAUUUGGAGGAAAUCCUUCGGACUGUCCACCUAGUCUACAUCCUGGACCGAGAGGGAGGUUGGGAGGCCGUCAGUGACUGGAAGGACGUUUUGUCUGGAGGAGAGAAACAGAGGAUGGGGAUGGCUCGUAUGUUCUACCACCGACCUCGGUACGCUCUGUUGGAUGAAUGUACAAGUGCCGUCAGCAUUGAUGUAGAGGGAAAAAUCUUUCAGGCUGCAAAGGAUGCUAGGAUAGCUCUGUUGUCAAUCACACAUCGACCAUCCUUGUGGGAAUACCAUUCUCACCUGCUGCAGUUUGAUGGAGAGGGAGGGUGGAGGUUUGAACGCCUGGAUGCGUCCACUCGUCUUUCACUGCAGGAGGAGAAGCGGCACUUGGAGAAUCAGCUGUUGGGGAUCCCCAAGAUGCAGCAGAGACUGUCAGAGCUGUGUGUUCUGCUGGGGGAGAGAGAGGAGGAGGAGCCACCGGCUCAGCACCUCUUGUGACUUUACCUGAAGGUCCAUAAGCCACCUGAACCUGGGAUGAUCCACAGUCUGAGCCUAAUCUGUGAAGUGUCAUGUCCAAGGUUUUGCGUGUUACCACACAUGUUGUUUUUGUUUUCAGCUGCAGGAAAUGUCCAUCAAAACUAAAUGUUCUGUCAUGACUCUGUGCUGCGUCUAUUGCACGUUCAGAAUUUCUUAGUUAAAAAUUGCAAACACACGUUGCAAUUUUACACGUACACGUUUGUCGACUCUUGUCGACUUGUCAGUGUGUCACGUCACACAUUGGCCUGAUUCUCACAGACGCUUUGAUUUUAGCACUGCAAACAACCUCUGAGUCUUCAAAGGUGGCCGUUCAUCUCCACCCAAAGUAAGAUGAGAAAAAUUAAGAAGUAAGAAAAACCAUUGGUAACGAAAAUGUAAACACAGCAAAAGAUUAGUGUCAGUGAAUGCCUCCCAGAGCCCAGCUCACAAAAUAGUUUCAGGUGGAAUAUCUUAACUGAUUCUCCUAAACAUUAUGUGUUUGUGUCAUGUGAGCUGUUUUUAAAUGUGUGCCAUUUUUUUAUCUUAGGGUCUUUACAGAUUUUAUUAUUUCUAUUAUUGAUCAGUAAAUAAAUAAUGUGAAAAUAUGUUAAUGUGCAAUAAUGAAAAUUAGGGUGAAAUAAUGGAGACGUCGGAACUAAAUAAAAUAAUGCAUUUGUGAAUGAAUAAAAUGAAUUUUUGU